AUGACUCUCGGCUCCCCGACAUCUCCAAAACCAGGAGCUAGUGCUCAGUUUCUCCCUGGGUUCCUGAUGGGUGAUUUACCUGCGCCCGUGACUCCGCAGCCGCGUGCUUUAACCGGCCCUUCAGCCGGGGUGAUGGAAAUGAGGUCUCCGCUACUUACAGGAGGAUCUCCCCCACAACCAGUAGUACCUACACAUAAAGAUAAAAGUGGUGCUCCACCAGUUAGAAGUAUAUAUGAUGAAUUAUCUAGUCCUGGACUUGGAUCAACGCCUCUAACCUCAAGAAGAACAGCCGGCUUUUCUCUAACACAGAGCCCAUUGGUUGGAACUAUGCCAUCAACCCCUGGAACAGGUAGAUGUGUGUUCAGUCCUGCAAGUAUUGGGCAGCCUAGGAAGACUACUCUAUCUCCUGCUCAGCUAGAUCCUUUUUACACUCAGGGUGAUUCCCUGACUUCAGAAGAUCAACUUGACGACACAUGGGUAACUGUAUUUGGAUUUCCUCAAGCAUCAGCUUCAUACAUUCUUCUACAGUUUGCUCAGUAUGGAAACAUAUUAAAGCAUGUGAUGUCCAACACAGGAAACUGGAUGCAUAUUCGAUACCAGUCUAAACUUCAAGCCCGGAAAGCCUUAAGCAAAGAUGGAAGAAUUUUUGGUGAAUCUAUCAUGAUUGGUGUCAAGCCGUGUAUAGAUAAAAGUGUGAUGGAAAACUUUGAAAGAAGUUCUAUAUCCUCAACAUCUUCAGUUUUCACUCCACCUCCAAAAUCUGUCGGCACACCAGUACAACUUGCAAAUAAUACUACAAGGAUUUCUACGAUGAGACCUCUUGCAACAGCAUAUAAAGCUUCCACUAGUGACUAUCAGGUGGUUUCUGACAGACAGACUCCUAGGAAAGAUGAAAGUAUUGUAUCUAAAGCAAUGGAAUAUGUGUUCGGCUGGUAAUAUACAAGAGGAAGUAACACACUAAGUCGGUCAGAGUUUGAAAUAUGCUACUGGCAUCCAUGGUUAGUUGUAUAACUGUUGGUGGCAGUAUUUUAACUUGCAUCUCACCUGAUAUGCCUUCAGUUGAUUCAGCAGACAUGUAGCUUGCACUUUAAAUGGCGGCAGUGUACACACGGUUUUAAACACCAAGUAAGUGUAAACAUAAGUGCUUUUUUUCCCAUCUGCGCUCUGAU